AUGAGUUCCGCAGCUGAGCCCCGGACGCCCCGGACACCCUUCAGCAUUGCAGACAUCUUGGGCCCGCGCAAGGUCCCCCGGACACAGCCAGAGCCGGGUGCUGGCCGGGCGUCGCCGCUGUGUGCGCUGGAGGAGAUGGCGAGCAAAAUCUUCUGCAGACUCGACGGGCGCGCCCCUCAGUCCCCUGAAGGCCGCGCCCCCGGCACGCUGAGAGCGGGCGCCGCGGGGCGCAGACGGCGCCGGGCGCGCACGGCGUUCACGGCGCAGCAGGUGCGGGAGCUGGAACAGCGCUUCGGGCUGCAGAAGUACCUGGCGCCGGCCGAGCGGGACGGCCUGGCGGCGCGCCUGGGCCUGGCCAACGCGCAGGUCGUCACGUGGUUCCAGAACCGGCGCGCCAAGCUCAAGCGGGACGUGGAGGAGAUGCGCGCGGACGUGGCCUCCUGGCGCGCGCUGCCCACGCGCACCGCGCGCCGCCUCCUGCUGCCCGGCGUGGCCCCGGACCCCCGCGCGGCCCCGCCAGACCCCGGGCCGCCCCUGUCGGACGAGGAGAUCCAGGUGGACGAUUGA